AUGAUAAGACUCACUGAUGAUGUCGACUACAGUGCCGACGAAACGUCUGGGAAUGUGAUUCCAAUCUAUGGAAGAGGUGGUGAUAGCACUCAGGAUCCUAGGAACAAAAUCCCUCCCCGACCUGCAGGUCGACGUCAAGACUCUGAAGCGACUUGGGUAGGCUCAUUUGUUGAUGGUCUUGCUUAUUCUUUAGAUCUGUAUAGCUACACACAUAAGGAUAAAUUUAUCAUUAAAAUAGAUCAUUAA